CUUCAGGAACAGAUGGGUGACGUCCCGGAUACUACGUCCAUAUUUUAUACAGUCUAUGGCUUCUAUACAGUCAGACCGCUUUUAACAAUCAGUAGAGUCGCCCCCUGCUGGACAUUAGAAAUAAUGCAGGCUUUCAGACACUUGGAAGCUACAUUAACUUCUUUAAUACACACUACUCUUCAGAAAACAACCAAAGUUAUUGCACCAAAUGUUGAGCAGAGAAAGGAAAUCAAAAACUAAACAGGAACAAAUUGAAGAGUUUGGGUUUCAGUGUUUAGUCGACUUUAAACUUCUCUUUUUUUUGUGAUUAUUAUUGGUAGAUAUUAAGUUAGAUACCCGUGGCUUCUUCAACAGUUUGACUUUAAUGCUGCUUUUCUAUGGGAGUGCACUUUUCAUGAAUGGUUGUAAUUGGUUUGAAGACUUGACAUUUUUUUUAAAGAAAUAGGAAUCCCUUCGAAAAUGGUGUGUUUGUGGUAUUAACGGUUUUAAACAUGCAAAAACAAAUAGUAUGUCCUUUAAGAAAGUGCUCACAACCUGAUUGGACUGAAACCCAGGCAGCAGCCAAUCAGCUGUGAUGGCAUCACACCAGAGAGACGGAAUUAAGAGUUAAAUCUUCUCAGUGUUUGUAUCUACCUGCUGUCACAUCGGAACGACCAAUCGGCUUUGAGGAAGGACCGGAUCCCGCCUGUAGAGCUGCUCUGCUGUCGACUGGCUCACUGGAUGGGUGGGUUUCAAGGUCCAAAGGCAAUAACAGAAUGAAAGGAAGUGAAGCUGGUUGGUCAAUUUAUCACCGCAACGAAGCACUUUUGCCAAACCUCAGGGCUCAGAGACACAGAGAGGUUUUGUUUACUCUUUCUUCUUCUUUCAGUCGAGUUCGGUUCAGUUUGAGUCCGGUUGUGUUUCGAUUGAUUGAUUGGUUCUGUGUUUGUACAGCUGAUCACACUCAAGUCAUAUUUACUAAAAUAAUAAUAAUAGAAAUUUACAGACAUGUUGUUUUUCUGCUGUGAUCACCACCAGGUCUGAGUCCAUCCUGCUCACACUGAAACUGAAACUUGAUAUUGUUUUUUGAUUUAGAGCUGCCUGCACUGUUAAAAAAAAAAAAACGACCAUUUAUCUAAAGUUGUUUUGUCUGAGGUCAAAUCAGAGCAGCAUUUUUUAACAGUGAGGAUUAAACAAAGUGCUGUCUCAUGAACACCUGAAAGACUUUUGAGAAGUUUGAAAAUAUAAUAAGUUGAAUGAUAUAGUUACUCAAAUUUUAAUCAGCAAAAGAAGAAUUUGAAUUCUUUUUUCUAAAUCCACAGAAAAGUUCAGAGAAAUGUGCUGUUAUGACGCGACUUAAGACAAAAUUACUCAAAAUAAAAUGUUUGUUUCUUUUGCAGUUCACUGAAGAGUUCCAUUCAAACAUUCAAUGUACUUACAUUUUGGUAUAUUAUUAUUAUAUACAUUGAAAUCUACUAGCUUCUAACAAAAGGAGACAUUCUUUUACAGUACAUGAAAAGAAAAAGCCGGCAUGUAAUUUAGCCCUAGAAAAAUGUUAAAUUUAUAAUCCAAAUUCUGUGGCACAUCAGUUUUUAUAAAAAAACCUAAAACAUAUUUCAAGAUUUUGUUUAAAUUUCAGGAUUUUUUUCAUCAAUAUGAAAUGUUGUCCUUGCUGGGAGUCACAUUAAUAGGCAGUUUAGUCAAAAUAGUAAGUUUAGGAAAUGUUAAUUUUAUCGUAUAGUUUAAGUUGAAAAUGAUCAAAAAUUCUGGGUAAGAGGUCAUGAAGAUAUUUCGUUUCCAAAGUUUGAGUGAAACUCUUCAGCACAUCAGGACAGCUCACAUGUUUGUAAAAAUGAACUCAAAGGUGUAAAUGGUUUUAAAAAAUGUCCUCUGUGCUCAGUUCUGGUGGCCGGUGAGACUUUUUAUCAUUCUCCAUUUGUACCAUAACAUCCUGUUGAAAAAGCUCAGAGAGGAUCAUCCUGUCCAGAAACAGGUCAGCAAGUUCUUAACAAGUCACACCAAGACCAGGUCAUAUCUUACUCAACAAAUUAUAUCCAAACUUUAUUUAUAUAUUUAUAUAUUUAUUUGUAUGAAGUUUUCCAACCAAACACAAUGCAACAUGUUUAAACCCAUAUGGUGAAAAGCCACAAGCUUUAAUCACACCCACUUCUGAUGGCACAAUGUGCUCACCACACCCACGGUACAUUUCUACAUCACUGUAGUUAUUUAAGAACAGACACAGAGAUGUUCAGCUGCUCUCUAGGGCAUGAUCUGUUUUUCCCUGUAAUCUUUUUACAAUAGAAGAUCUUUGAUUCGAGUUAGAAACUUAACAGAAAUUUGUAAAAUAUGACGUGUGACCUGCCUGUUUCUGGACGGGAUACAACCUGCAAAACUCCUCUAUUUUAACAAGACCUAAUACCUGAUAGAGAGUCUUUGAAUCUUUAUUUUUAACUAAAAACAGAAGGAAAAAUCUCCAGAGUCCCCCCAAAACACUGACUUGAUUUCAGAAUAGCAAGAUCACAAUUUAAAGUUUGAAGACUGAAAAAAUAGCAUGAACCCUCAAAGUCAUAAUCAAAACUCUGAAGAUGACGAGAUCAAAAUCCCUAAUCCCUAAUUCCCAAGAACAGAAGUUUCACUUCAAACUGUCAAGUUGAAUCUUCGUAAUGUAACGCCCUCAAUAUUUGAGUUUAAAAACCAAGAUAGAGUUAACUCGUGAAGAGUUGUGAGACACAUUUAAAGAACAGUCUGAUAGAAAUUGUUGCCCGGACUCUGUAUUUGCUGCCAAAGGUCUUGCUGAAUCAGAGAUGUUUUGUGGUGGUUUGGUCAGGAAGGAUGAGAUCAUCACUAGUCUGCCAGUGGCUCUCUCAGGACCACUUCCUGGGUGUCAGGCGCUUUAUUAUGGAUCCCACCGCAGUUCUGGGCAGAAAUUGGAGUCCUGAAUCCAAACUGGCUCUAAACGUAACCUGAUGAAACAUUUUUAACUUAAAACUAAAUCGACCAAACUUUCAGACCAAUCACAGCUCUGCCUGUAAUUCUGCUGGGAUUCAUAAUUUCAGUAGGCGACGGUCUCUUGGGUCAAGGCUGAUCGCCGUGUCGCCUGAAUGAAAACACUGAAAAAUAAAAAUGUGUACAUAAUGCAACUGUGUAUAUAAGCAAAUACUAACGGAGACUCUAUUUUAUGUAUGAGCUGAGAAGCUAGUGAAGCUAACUUAAGGAGAAGUAUUUGAUUUGAUGUUUUUUUAUUUGUAAAAGUGAGAAAGUGUACAGUGAUGACAGACAGAGAAAGAAAUGAUGAUGAAUUUAUGAAUUUAUGAAUUGUACAGUUGAAUCUCUUCAGUUUGAUUGUUCUUUUGAUUUUUAUCUAAAGCUUGGGGUUGUUUCUGUUUGUUUUUCUUUUGUACAGAAGUGGUUGUUUACAUUGAUACGAGUCCUUAUUUUUGUGAACGUCAGACAGACGUGAUUGGAGCAGAGGCCAAGGAGGAGGCGGUGCCUGGAGAGGCGGAGUCAUAAAGCAAAAAUCCUUCAAUCAGCAGAAAUGGAGCGUACCUUCCUUGCUGUGAAGCCUGAUGGCGUCAUGAGAGGUCUGUGUGGUGAGAUCAUCAAGCGUUUUGAGACCAGAGGCUUCAGGCUGGUUGCCGCCAAAUUCGUGCAGGCAUCUGAGGACCACAUGAAGAACCACUACCUGGACCUGAAGGACAUGCCUUUCUACGCUGGUCUCUGCAAAUACAUGUCCUCCGGACCCGUCUUGGCGAUGGUAUGGGAGGGUCAGAACAUUGUGAAGCUGGGCAGGAUGAUGCUGGGUGAGACAAACCCAGCUGACUCCAAGCCUGGCAGCAUCCGUGGAGACCUGUGCAUCAACAUCGGCAGGAACAUCAUCCACGGCAGCGACACCCUGGAGAAUGCCAAGAAAGAGGUCGACCUGUGGUUCAAGGCUGAGGAGUUUGUCAACUACACACCCAUGGCCCAGGCCUGGCUGUACGAGUAAACUUGCCCAUCAUCAACCACCAGUAAACUACACCCAACUGGACCCAACCCACCCUGCAAACCCCACCCUUGUAACACCUGUCCUUCAUACAGUCAAUCCUCUGACUUGGUCUUCAUUCAUCAGUCCAAAGCAUGUAACACUCAUCAAUAAAGUGCCAUGUUAACAACAACAA